AAACAAAAAGUAUGUUUCUUUUUCCCCCGUUUCAAUUCCUAUAAAAAUCACCCAACGUUUGAACGUCGACUAUGCGUACGUGUUAAACUGUUUUGUAUUUCCGUUUGACUCGUACGGAUUCGCUAACAAUGUCGUUUGUCGACUUGUUGUUCGCCGCAUCCCGCUUGAUACUCUACAUUUUGCCGAUAUUCUUCUGGGUCAUUUGGACGAUGUUCUUGAAAAAAUCUCCCGAUGCAUACAAGUAUAGGACUGACGAAGAACUGUACUUCGUGGACGAACAUGGAAAACGAAUCAAAUUUCCCAAACUAUCUGAUGAACCUGUGAUCGAUUUGUCAGUCAUAGUACCUGCGUAUAACGAACAAGAUAGAUUAAAGCCUAUGUUGGAUUCAUGUUUACGCUGGUUGUCUGACCGCAAGUCAUCGUUUGAAGUGAUCAUUGUUAGCGACGGUAGUACCGACAAGACAUGUGAUGUGGUCAUGAAGUAUGUAAUAAACUAUGGAGCGAAUCGGGUACGUUUGUUGAAAUUAGUCAAAAACCGAGGAAAAGGAGGAGCCGUUGGUUUUGGAAUGCAAAGUGCACGUGGACGCACUUUACUAUUUGCCGAUGCUGAUGGUGCUACACAGUUUGAAGACUUAGAAAAAUUAGAAACAGCAUUACAAUCUUUAAUUGAAAGUGCUGAUUAUGAUAAUUCUGCUAAAAACAACGACAUACAAGCAGUUGUGUGUGGCUCUCGUGCUCAUUUAGAAAGUGAGGCCAAAGCGCAAAGAAGUAUAUUCCGUACAUUGUUAAUGAUGGCCUUUCAUAUCCAUGUAUGGAUGUUUGGUGUACGAUCUAUUAAAGAUACACAGUGUGGUUUUAAACUAUUUACUCGGUCUGCUGCUAGAGUUCUAUUCAAUAAUUUACAUGUUGACAGAUGGGCUUUUGAUGUAGAAAUUUUAUAUAUUGCUGAAAAAAUGAAAAUGAGCUUAGCUGAAGUAGCAGUAAAUUGGACAGAAAUUGAUGGCUCAAAAAUAGUUCCUGUGUGGAGUUGGCUUCAAAUGGGUUUUGAUGUAUUGGAAAUAUGGUUAAGAUACCGUACUGGAUCGUGGAAAAUCCAAUACAAGCCAGAAUAACUUCCGCACCAAUUUAUUUAAAUAUUUUUGACCCUGAUUUUUUAGGAAAAAUAAGAUAAAAUUCUGAAUGAUCAUUUAUUAUAAUAUUAAGUAAUAGCUUUCCAUAUAAAUUUCUUUAUCAAAGUAUCAAUUGUGAUAAAAUUUAAUUUAAGACUUAAAAAUGAAUUACUUUUAAUUUAUUUUAUUACUUUGUCCUAAGGAGAAUUGAUAUACCAGUUAAAUAAUUAUU